UACUUUACCACAUUUCUAUGCAGCUUAUGGGAUUGAAUUGCAAUCACCACUUAGCUCCAUUCAAACCACCCUCUAAAUUCUGCAACUUUUCUGCAAAUUCUCUUUCCAAUUGGCCUUUUGGAUGAACUGGGUAUCUCAAUGAGGCUCUUCCAAUUUCCACUCUGCCCCUGAACCGAUCACUGCUCUGCCCCUGAACCGAUCACUGCCUGCCACUUUUAAUCAAAAGAUGGAGCGCCCCAGGCUUAACAUGAGGGCUCGUUGCUCUGGUUCGACUCCAUCGGAAGAAUCAGCUUUGGAUCUUGAAAGAAACUGUUGUGGUCAUUCUAAUCUGCCUUCACUGAGUCCACCUAUGCUUCAACCCUUUGCUUCGGCUGGACAGCACUGUGAGAGCAAUGCUGCUUACUUCUCAUGGCCUAGCCGCAUCCAUGAUGCUGCAGAAGAGAGAGCAAACUAUUUUUUAAAUCUACAAAAGGGGUUACUACCUGAAACCCUUGGUCGGCUGCCAAAAGGGCAGCAGGCAACCACAUUACUUGAACUCAUGACAAUUAGGGCUUUUCACAGCAAGAUACUGCGUUGUUACAGUCUUGGAACAGCAAUUGGUUUUCGCAUUCGGCGAGGUGUAUUAACAGAUAUUCCUGCCAUUCUAGUGUUUGUUUCCAGGAAAGUUCACAAGCAAUGGCUCAGCCCAAUCCAGUGUCUACCUACUGCUCUUGAGGGGCCUGGUGGAGUAUGGUGUGAUGUAGAUGUGGUGGAGUUCUCAUAUUUUGGUGCACCCGAGCCAGUUCCAAAGGAACAGCUAUAUACAGAGAUAACAGAUGACUUGCGUGGGGGUGAUCCUUGCAUUGGUUCAGGAUCUCAGGUGGCGAGCCAGGAGACAUAUGGCACUUUGGGUGCCAUUGUGAGGAGCCAAACAGGUAGUCGGCAAGUUGGUUUUCUCACAAAUCGUCACGUAGCAGUUGACCUAGAUUAUCCAAAUCAAAAGAUGUUUCAUCCUCUUCCACCCACACUGGGUCCUGGGGUUUAUCUUGGUGCAGUUGAGAGAGCAACUUCAUUUAUAACAGAUGAACUUUGGUAUGGCAUAUUCGCUGGAAUAAACCCAGAGACUUUUGUGAGAGCGGACGGUGCAUUCAUCCCUUUUGCUGAUGACUUUGACAUGUCCACUGUUACUACUUCCGUGAAAGGUGUUGGAGACAUUGGUGACGUGAAAAUUAUUGGCCUACAGUCUCCAAUUAGUAGCCUUAUUGGAAAACAAGUAGUGAAGGUUGGAAGAAGUUCUGGCUUGACUACAGGAAUUGUUUUGGCUUAUGCCCUAGAGUACAAUGAUGAGAAAGGAAUAUGCUUUCUAACGGAUUUUCUUGUUGUUGGUGAGAACCAACAAACUUUUGACCUUGAAGGAGAUAGUGGAAGUCUCAUCAUGUUAAAAGGCGACAAUGGUGAGAAACCACAACCAAUUGGGAUCAUAUGGGGAGGAACAGCUAACCGGGGCCGCCUUAAGUUAAAAGUUGGGCAACCUCCUGAGAAUUGGACUAGUGGGGUUGAUCUUGGGAGCCUUCUCAAUCUACUUGAACUUGAUUUGAUAACAACAGAUGAAGGACUUAGAGUGGCAGUGCAAGAACAAAGAGCUGCCUCAGCUACAGCAAUUGGCUCUACUGUUGGAGAUUCCUCAACUCCUGAUGGUAUACUCCCCAAAGAUAAAGCUGAAGACAAAUUUGAGCCACUUGGUCUUCAAAUUCAGUCCAUUCCCUUAGGAGUUGAACCUAGCAGCCAAGACAUGAAACCAUCAACCAUGGAGACUGAAUUUAAAUUAGAAGAUGGAAUCAAGGUAGGUCCGAGUAUCGAGCACCAGUUCAUCCCGAGUUUCAUGGGGCGGUCUCCAUUGCACAAGAAAAACAUGCUUGACAGAGCUGCAACAGAGAAUUUGUCUUCAUUGAGGAAUGAGUGUGAUGAAGAUUUAAGUGUUUCACUGCAGCUGGGUGAUAAUGAAGCUAAGAGAAGGCGUUCUGAAGCAUCAACUAGUACUGAGGAACCUCAAUGAAGUAGAAGAUUAUUUACAUAAGCUGGAAGAAGUCAAGAACUGAUUUGUUAUGAAUUUAAUCCAUCCCAGAAUGUGUUGUUUUAUGAUCACUGUGAUACUUUAUUUAUGAUUAGCAGCUAUGAGAGUGAGCAAUGAUCUGAGUGGAGUUCACAUUGUCUUUGAAGUUCAAGUGAAUUUGUGGUCUUGGAGAGUCAUAUGCAAUUCCUGAAAUGCUUGAAUUUCUGAAGUUAUGUCACUUUUCAGUUAACAUAUGCAGACUUUGCCUAUACAC